AAAAUUUUUCCCUUUCUUCUCUUUUCGUCUUCUCCAGUGUUUCUCUUUAGCAGCUCGACAUAUCUAACAUUCUAGGGCUGCUUAAAAUCACUCUCUAAUUAACCGUAACAAUGGUGUUCAAGAACAAACUCUUCUUCUCUUCCAAGAAAUCCUCCGACUUCGAUGGAUUUGACUCUCCUCGAUCCUUUGGAUCCAACUCCCCAAUCCGAUCAAUUCUCGGAAACUAUUGGGAGAAUUGCAAAAAUAGCUCAGAGAGAAACAUAUGUUUGAAGAUUUCGUCUCCAAGAUCAAUUCUCUUCUUCACGAACAAUUUCGCUCUGCUUCUCCACCUCUUCGCAAUCUGGAUCGUUCGCCUCUUUCUCAUUCUUUUCUUUUUAAAUUUAGAGAUCGUAAUGAGAGAAAAUUCGUCGAUUUAAUUAAAUUUCUGUUGAUUUUGGUGUUCAAUUUGAUGGUUUUGAUUGAAUGUUAAGAAUUUGGAGUUAGGGAAAUUAUAGGGAAAUUCAUUGAGACAGCUCUUCGCUUUUCUUUGAAGCUGUUUUAUGAGAUCCCUAGUGCUUUAACACAAUGGUGGCUGCCAAGAGGACUUUAACUCAUCUCCUUCUCUAUCUCUCUUCUUUCUUCUUUAUUGUCUACUUUAUUCCUUUUCAAUCUUAAUUAAAGAAGAGAAAUAAGUUGAUUAUGGCUAACUCUUGUAGAAGAAGUCCCAUGAGAGCAUCAAUAGCAGGCUUGCUCGUGUCAUGAAGAGUGGCAAGUACACUUUAGGUUGUAAAAUUGUGCUUCACAUCCUAAGAAGCUCCAAAGCGAAGCUGGUUGUCAUUACCAACAACUGACCUCCUUUUUGGAAGUCUGAGAUAGAGUACUAUGCGAUGUUGGCUAAAGUUGGGGUUCACUACUACAAUGGGAUUGCCAAGCCUAUAUCUCCAAAGAUAUUCUCACCAGCUAUAUCUCCUUUCAAGAGAUGAAUGGACGAGAGCCUUCCAUGUGUCAAGGCAGCUUGCAAAACACUCAUUACAUUGAGUGUUUGGGUGAAUAAAUAGACAUUUCUCUUCACGAAGAAGGAGGCGGCAGGCUGGGCUGAGAUGGGAGCUUCAUUUCUUUCUUUCGUGAAAGAAGGAUUGGAUUUAAUUAAAGAGGCUAUUAGCAGAACAGGGUAUGGUGAGAAGAUAAAGAUAGCUAUCGAUGUUGUUGCUACUGAUUUUUGCAAAGGUUUUUGAAGAAUUUGAUCCUAUUCCUAUAGAAAGUGCUUCCCUUGCACAAGUUCAUGUUGCUAGUACACAUGAUGGCAAAAAGUUGUUGUUAAGGUUUUAUUCACUGUUAUUUUUACCUCAAAGUUCAUUUAGUAUGCUAAGCAGAGUCCAAGUUUCCAUGCAAAUUAUGCACAAAUAUAGGACUAGAAUGUUUCUUAAUUGCUUUCUAUGUCAAAAUUAUUUCCUCAAUAUUCAGGUUCAGUAUACUCACAUGACCGAUACUGCAGCUGCAGAUCAUGCCACUGUGGAGCUGAUUGUGAAUACCCUUCAUAAGGUUUUUUUUCCUUCUUUUGGCUAUAGAUGGUUGCUUGAUGAAAUGCGUGAAAGUUUGCCCAAGGAAAGGAUAGGCCUGUUCACUACAAUAGUUAAGGUGUGAGGAUGAUAAAGACUCUAGCUUUCCACUGAGGUAAAGCUCCAAAAGGUGACCGAACUGAUUGGUUUAUGCAUUUUUGUCUUUGGUUAUGCACAUAUGAUAGUGCAAUUUUGGAUUUUUAUUGCUCAUGUUGCUAAAAAAUCCAUGUA